AUGUCUAAUGUCGCCGUGUCUACCCCGCCUAGCCAUCCACUCCUGCAAGCUCGUGCCUCGUCCCAAAACUUGCCAGAUGCUGGCUUACGAGGUCUUGACCACUACUCCCGUAAGCUUCCCAAAUGGCGCUAUCGUCUAAGGCAAUCCCUUCUUCCCAUUGUUCGAUGGGAAACACCAUAUCUGGCCAAGGUUCAACAGACCUGUCGAACUCCCUUCCUUGAUUCUUACUUUGCAAUGACGGCGAACCUUGGUACCCAUACUUUCUUUAUGGCUGCCCUUCCUGUAUGCUUUUGGUGUGGCUACACUGGCGUCGGUAGAGCCUUGGUGCACAUGCUUGCCUUGGGUGUCUUCCUGAGCGGUUGGAUCAAGGAUCUGGUAUGCUUACCGAGACCUCUAUCUCCUCCUCUACAAAGAAUCACAAUGUCUGGUUCUGCUGCUCUGGAGUAUGGCUUCCCCUCGACGCACUCGACAAAUGCUGUAUCUGUAGCCCUCUACUUUCUAUACCAGCUGCAUACCUCGACUGAUCAGGUUGCUUCACCGCAAAGGAUCCUUGGCUUGUGUCUUGGAUACUUUUAUGCAAUUUCUAUCGUGCUUGGCCGCAUGUACUGUGGUAUGCAUGGCUUCUUUGACGUAAUCGUAGGUAGCGCUCUUGGUGCAUUGAUUGCUGUACUCCAACUCGCGUAUGGCACGCCCUUCGAUGACUGGAUAGCCGCGGGAUCAUGGACUCAUCCGGCACUAGUCUUCUUGAUUGUCCUUCUUGCGGUACGAUUUCAUCCAGAGCCGGCUGAUAACUGCCCUUGUUAUGACGACAGUGUUGCUUUUGCUGCUGUCGUACUAGGAUGCCAGCUGGGACAUUGGCAUUUUGCAGGAACCAGUAUCGCAGUUGUUGGUGAGGCUCCGGCUACAGUCUUCUUCAGCCUUGAGAAGCUCGGAUGGUUGAAAACUCUUGCGCGUGUCGUUGGCGGCGUUGUAAUUGUCUUCCUCUGGAGAGCUACGAUGAAGCCGCUUCUUCUGAGAUACCUUCCUCCGCUUUUCCGAUUCCUCGAAACUGGUGGUGCGACUCUGCCCCGACGAUUUUUUACACGAGCAAGCGAGUACAAGAGAGUCCCACCUCUUCGACAAGACGACAACGUUAUCCCAUCUGCUUCGGACAUUCCCGGAAUGCUGUCUAACCUCCGUCAUCCUCGCAAACGUGGAAUCUCGAUUGGACCACAGUCAGAGGCAGAUGCACGUGAAUUCAUCGCCAACAGAGAGCGAAAGCGCAGAGAAAGUCGUUCAUCUGCAGAUGGAAACGAUGCUCGACCUCAGCUCAUCAAGCCACCGGGCGGGCCCUUCUACAACUUAGAAGAAGAGCCAAGCGCCACGAAGCAAAGGCGCUAUGAGGACAAUUCGGAGUCGUUCGGGGUGGCUACGCCACUUGCGACGCCUGGCAAGAAGGGCGACCUUCUCAGGCCUGACCCAUUUAAUGCUUUGCCCCUGACGCCGCCAGGAAGCGAUAGUGGCAACGGAAGUGAUGCAGGAAGGGAAGAAAAGGAAGAGCGGGAGGAUGCAGAGCAAGACCACCAGAUGUUCCUUGCACUGGCAAAACCACGAGUGCGAUACGAUGUCGAAGUUGUGACCAAGCUGGUUAUCUAUGCAGGCAUUGCUUGGCUUGCAGUAGAAGGUAAUCCUCUGCUAUUCGAGAUCACCGGGAUUGGCAAAAACAGUGUGAUAUGA